ACAAAGGGGUUGACAAACACUGUUUGUGUCGUUUUGAAUUUGUGGAAGAAGAUAGGAACUGUGAAAUAUCAACAUGUUUGCGGUGUGAAAAAUCCGUAGGUUAUGGCUCUGUACGAACAAAAACAUUUAUCCUUACAUAUUGUAGUUUUCAAUUACGAUGUUUGAAUCUCUACCUAUAUAUGCAAGGUCACCCCUGAUUAAUAUAACCUAACCUGUCAAAUUAUUUACCCUGCUACACUACACUUUCAUUAAUGAAUGAAUUAUAAAAUGAGUAAUGGAGAAAAACAAAAACGACCUAACUGUUUGAUAUGUGGCGGUCAAAUCUCAUCCAGUAAUUACGGUGUAUUUUGUACGGUUGUACCUAAUACUGAUACGCUGCUUGCCAAUGCAGUGGAGAAAAUUGUAUGCAAGAAACUUGUACGGUCUGUAUUGUCAGCAGCAUCCAUCUGUGCAAAAUGUUUUUCCCUUUUUGAGGAAUUAGCAUGCGCCGAAACAAAGUGCACAUCCAUCAAGAAAAAAAUUCUAACAUUUUUUGAAAGAAAUUCCCAUAGAAUAAAAAAUGGUAUACAGGAUAUUCAGGGUGUAGCGUGUCAGACAGAAGAUGUGAUAGAAAUUAACAGUGUUGUUGAGAAACCAGAUGAUAAACUGAAAGAGGAGGAAUGUGAACCAGAUACUGAAAAUUCUUGUGAAAAAUCUACUACAGAACAGAAGACUGAUACUGGCAAAGUUACCCCUCGAACUUCAAUAGUUGCAGCUGGGAAAGCAGGAGCUUACAGUAAGAGAAAAGGAAGACCAGCACGAAAACCACAUACGUCUAAACAAAUUUCUAACAAGUUAUCCAGUGGUCAAGAAAAAGAUGUUCAUCGAGUUCGGCGUUAUAUACACCCAUGCUCACUUUGUGGUAGGCUUUUUCGUCGUCCUUGUGAGGUAAAACAGCAUUUGUUGUCCCAUGGGGGUGCAAAGCCUUAUCAGUGCCGUGAUUGUGGGAAAAAGUUUGGCUCAAAAUCAGGUGCAGGUAUUCAUGCUCUGAAGAAACAUGGGAAAGAUAUAACUGAAGAAAAUAUAAUUGACUUGUGUAAGGAUGGUACUUUUAUAAACUCUUCUUCUGACCAGGUAAAUAUGAUGGUUGAAAGAGACAAUAAAGUGAAGAAGGAAGUAGAUGAUCACAGAGACAAUGACACAACAAGUAGUGAUGAUGAUUUUGAGUGGAAAAUGGAUGAAGAAGAAAUUUUUGGUAUGUUUAGUAGUGAGGGGCAAAAAUUUGACUCUGUAACCAACUCACCAGACAAAGCUACAUCUAGUGAAACGGAACAAAAUGGAACUGUUAAUGUUAAAAAUGAAGAUGUUAAAAAAGAUAUUACCGAAGACAAGAGCAAAGAGGAAGAAGCAAAGCUAUCUGAUACUGGAAAAUCUUCACAAGGAUCAAGAAAUAAUGAAGAGAAUCAUGACAGCAAAGAUGACAAGAGGGCAAGAAAAGAAAAGAAAAGAAAGCGGGAGCCAGCACCGAAAGUACCAAAACAUGAGUGUGGUAUCUGUGGUAAAAAGUGGCGAACUAUGAGUGAAUAUAGAUCACAUGUUGCAACUCACAGUGAUGAAAGACCAUACAUUUGUGAAAUUUGUGGGCAAGCGUAUAAACACAAACCAGCACUAGAUAUUCAUGUUGGGAUGCAUAAUGGUAUAAAUCCCUUCUGUUGCCCCUACUGCAACAAGGCAUUCACCCAAAAGGGGGCACUUCAACGCCAUAUGCCAAUACACACUGGGGAAGCACCAUUCCAGUGUGAACUUUGUGGAAAGCGAUUUGUGCAUCAUACAAGUUUCAAUAUGCACACAUUGGCACACACUGGUCAGAAGAGUUACAAAUGUGGUCUCUGUGGCUUGGCACUGCUGUCUGGAUCACACCUUAAGCGACACUCAAGAGUCCACACAGGAGAGCGACCUUAUCAGUGCCAGACAUGUGGAAAACGUUUUGCCGAGAGAUACAACUUAGUUGCUCAUACACGAGUCCAUGACACUAGCUCUACCACUGGUGUAAGAGAUGGAGGCUACAAGAAACAUCACAGGUGUCAGUUGUGUGGAGCGAGAUUCGACCGAAGACCGAAGUUGGACCAUCACAUGGCUCUCUGUCACAAUAAGCUAGGAGAGUCAGAAGACAACCAAAAAUGGAUAGGUCAUACUAUGACUGAAGAGUCAAGUAAACAGACAGCCAGUGAUCUGGGUACUAUGAUGCCAUCAGCGACACUGAGUCAACCCCAUUUGCACAAUGUAGCACCCACUUCUGCUCAUCAGCACCGACCACUUUUACUUCACACAGUUCAUGGACAAACACAUGGACCAGAUCAUGAACAUAGUCACACUCAUGGUUCAAAGGUGACAGCAGCUCAUUCACAUGGCCAUCCCCAUGCACAUCCUCUCCUGGCAGCUGCAGCAGCUCAUCAGACUCUGAGUGUUCCAAACCAGCACCAGCAAAAUUGGCAUCAAAUUAUUUUUGGUGGAAGUGGUGGUGUGAGGGCAGAAGAUGGAGCAGGUAACUUGUUAGAUGGAGUUCCACAAGUUAAGGUAGGAAUGCAAAGUGCAAGUAUAAAUGGAACAGCACAGCAUCGGCUUCUUACAGAGAUGCCAUCUUUGGGGCACAGUACUCAAAACCACAGUGUUGGAGUAAGCAUAGGCACUGGUCGAAAUGUACUAGCAUCUUGCUUAGCAGCUGCUGCACCACAUCAUCUUGUGGCAAACAGUCAUGCUCCACAUUUAACAAAUCAUCAUUCAGUUACACAGUCUCGAGUAAAUAUGUUUUCUUCUGGUGAAAGCUGAAAAUUUUUGAGUCCUUCCUUAGAUCAAGUUGGUAUUGGUGCUUUCAGUCAAUGCUUUGACAAGGGCAGUGUUAUCUCUUCACAGAGAAUGUUAUAGCAACCUCAAGGAGAUUAUAAAGGUCAGUUUCCAUUUUGCAACACUUAGUUGUAAAAGUGAAGUGUUCCGGUCAUAUCUUCAUGUUCUACCAUAUCAGAUUUAUGCAAUGUGAGAGAACAUUAGAGAACAUUCCAAUGGAAUUUCCAUUCAUAGCAUUCUGAUUAUAAAACUAUUUAUUGGUUUGCCACUAUGACACAGAAAAAACAAAAUCAGGCAUACCAGGUAAAACAAUGUCAUCAAUUCAAUUGAGGCAGCUGAAAGUAAAAUAUUGUUAUAGUCAUAUUUUCAUCAUUGUCUUGCAAGUUUAUCAGAAAAAAAUAUUAAAUACGUGAAGUCGAUAUGUCAUUCAACUUAUUCAUUGGGAAUUUUUACUAAUUUAGCAGGAGAUACAUUUUGCAGUCGACAUUAGAGAUGUGUCUAGAAAGAAAUCAUGACAUUUGUGGAUGAAAGGGAGGAAAGUAUUGGAAGUUGUAAAGGUCUGUUGGCACUGAAUAUCAUAGAUACAGCAGACGUUAGAAACUAGCAUAUAUGAAAUUCCGACAGGAGAUGAAGAGGUUCAGUCCCAUAAGUCAGAAUCAAUUUGGAGCAUGAACACACAAAGCACAUAUAGAUUAUUUCAGCCAAGAAAUGGAGAAUCAGUUGGAUACUAUUGCGGGUACUUUUUAUAGUUGGUAAAGUAAGAGUAAGGAAACUCUGUCCAGCUCAAUGAUUGUCGUUAGGGUAGGAGCUGUGUGAGAAAGCAGGCUCUGCUGUCCUUUUGCUGUGCUUGUUCCACAAAUGUGCUGGGUGCUUCAUAAUGGGGAGCUCCACCUUUUCCCUGGUGAGUCAUUGCUUCAUCACUCAUUUUGAAACACACAAACAACACAUCACAACAUGGUAUUCACUUUGGAAUGCCCACAGUAUUUUACACAGUAUUGUUAGGGUUAGAUUAACGAGGGCAGUGGAUGAACACAAAACAUUAAUGGCCCAUCUUCACACUUCUACAAAUCCAGAAUGAGGGAGGAUUGAGUCACCAUCAGCUGUGCAUAACAGAUCGGUGAAAAAUGUUUUGUGGCUGUAGACAUUAAUAGACAAGUAGAAGGUUACAGGGAAUUCUGCAGGUUCAGUCCCAUAAAUCAGAAUCAGUUUGGAGCAUGAACACACAGAGCACAUGUAGAUUAUUUCAGCCAAGAAAUGGAGAAUCAGUUGGUUACUAUUGUGAAUACUUUCCAUAGUUUGUAACAGAAGAGUCUGUGGAGUGUGGAAGCUCCGUCCAGCUGUGAUUGCCUUUAUGGUAGGAGCUGUGUGAGAAAGCAAGCUCUGCUGUCCUUUAGCAGUGCUGGUUCCACAAAUGUGCUGGGUGCUUUAUAAUGGGGAGCUGUACCUUUUCUCUGUUGAGUCAUUGCUUCAUCACUCAUUUUGAAACAUACAAACAAAAUGACUUGAAUAAUUGAAAUAUGUUUUUUUGCUAAGUGUUUGUUUGUUUAUCAUAACCCUUCUCUUUUCUCCAAAACGAAACAGAGUCAUGUUGAGUGCUUGUUGUUAUAUUAGCACAUAUUUGCAUUAGUGUGUUUGUUAUCUCUGUGCAAGAGAAUUAGGAAUUAAUUUGGUCUCUCUCUUUCUCUCUCUGACACACACACACACACACACACACACACACACACACACACACACACACACAUAAGUGUGUUCUGAAAAGUGAUAAUGCCUCUGUAUUGUCUAUGUGAAAACUCUUAAAACUUUUUAGAUGAAACAAAUGUUAUUAACCUUCAACAUCUUUAAUCUUGAUGUCUACAUAUUUUUUUCUCAACGUAGUCACCCUGGCACGAACACAUUUCUCCCAGUGAGAGACCAUUUUGUUAAUACCAUCACUGUAGAAUGUUUGCACCACUUCAGUAUCUAGGUGAAGUCGCCAAAGGUGCUCUUUUAAGUUUUGGAAACAUGUGAAAAUCGCAUGGAGGAUCAUCAGUGACAAUCAAAUGAGGGAGUUGCAUUGUUGCAGAAGUUCCAGCACUCAUGUGUGGUCUGGCAUUGCCAUGCUGUAGGAGAGGGCACUCCAUAUGUGGACAAACUCGUAAGAGUUUUCACAUAAAAGUUUCAGAGGAAUUGCUUUUAAACACACCCUUACAUAUAUAUGAAAUGGUUUGUAAUCUCAAGUAUGUGCUGUUAAUUAAUAAAGUAUGAAGUAGUGGGAUAUGUCAUAGGAAUAAAGAAGAAUCUGCUUAAACUCAGGGAGAACUGUGCAAUGUCCAAAUAGUAUGGAUAUAUACAGACAAAACGCAUUAGUUAUUUUGGAUGCCAUCUCAUGAUUUAAAAUCAGUGAUGGUGUAAAGUCUGUGCAGUUAUUGUGUUGAAAACUGUAGUACUUAAGAAAAGUAUAUUUUAUAGCAGCUAGAUAUGUUGAAGUUCUGUUCAGUAUUGGAAUCAUGCUUCUAGAAUUUAUAAGAUGAAAGCUGUUUAAUGAGAAGUGUGAUGGGAAUUUAUGAACUGGAUUCCUGCACUUGUAAAGUUACUGUGAUAGCAAGUUGCAGAAAGGGACUGAAGCUUUAAAUAGAUAAAAUGAUAUUAUUUUGACCUUUUUAUUGGAUUUUACUCACCAUCUAAAAUUUAUGCAAGGUGUAUGACAUCAGAUUUUUGUAUAAUGCUCAGAUUUAUAUAGUAUGUGUAAUCAUCCAUAAAUUCACAGCAUAUCAGUGACUGAAUGGAAUAAACUCCAAUUUUGAUGUGCUGAAUUUGUGACUUUUUGUACCAUAUCUGUAUUACUAGUCUAUUUGAUAGGAUUAUAUUUUAUGAAAUAUUUUGUGAUGCAGAGUUUAUCAGUUGGUCUCCUGAAUUAAUGACCAUGUGUCACAGUACUGAACAUUGAAUUUUUUAAUAAGAAAAACCUGAACAUGUUCUCAAGGGGGAAAACUUCCUCAAGAGCAAAAAUUGCUUGAAUGAUAUUACUUAAAGUUCUGCACUUAGGUUUCAGAUAUGUAUGUAUUUUUGUAGUAUAGGUCUCUGUAAAUGUCUUUCUUUCAAGCAGAGCUUAUGUUAAUUUGGCAAACUGAUAAGCUAUUUAUGAUAACAUUUGCCAGUCAUUAUUGUACAAAGUAUAAAUAUCUGCCUAAUUUCAUUUCUAAUUAAAAUGAAACCCAGUGAUUUAGAUGCCUCUUUACAUUAAAAUGUAUCAUAUGUUAAAUUUUACUUUAUUUAUUUGCUUAGCCCUUGCAUCGUAUAAUGUAUGGAUGUACAGUAUACAAGACAACUAGUACAUGUAUGAUUCUAACAUGAUACGAAAGAAAGGAAAUUAAUAUUUUCAGAA